UAAACUUUUAGUCUCUUGAAAUUACAACUGAGGUGAAAUUAGAAAUCGUCUUGUUAUCCUCUGUCUGCCUGUCGAUAUUUUCAUAUCACCUCUUUGACCUCUGUUUUUUUCUCUCUACCCUCCCCCUGUUCUAGUCUGAUGAGUGAGAGUGUCGCCAACCCGCUCCUCCACCACAAUGGUCGACAUGGAGAGCCACUACCAUCCCCCUUCUCCACUGGAGGACUCAGUGCUGGACAGCCCCCUGUGCGCUGAUGAUGAUUUCUUGGGUGGCAUGGAGGAGCUCCAGGACAUCUCCCAAUCCAUCAACGACGAUGCCCUAAGCUCCUUCGAUGUCCCCGAAUACCAGUCCUCCAGCAAUGGCUCAGAAGGUUCGACUGUCCUAGAUGCCCUGACACCAGCUUCCAGCCCGUCGUCAGGGGUUUAUGGGGUUGCGACAAGCCAGGACGAGUUCUCAUCUUCCUCCUCGUCACUCAAUCUGGAGUGCCGAGUGUGUGCUGACCGUGCCUCGGGCUACCACUACGGAGUCCAUGCUUGUGAGGGCUGCAAGGGUUUUUUUCGGCGGACCAUCCGUCUGAAGCUGGAGUAUGACAAGUGUGAACGCCGCUGCAAAAUCCAAAAAAAGAACCGCAACAAGUGCCAAUACUGCCGCUUCCAGAAGUGCCUGUCAGUGGGCAUGUCCCACAAUGCCAUCCGCUUUGGUAGGAUGCCCCAGUCAGAAAAGCUAAAACUAAAGGCAGAGAUGGUGACGGGGGACAGGGAGGUGGAAGACCCCCACCUGGCCGACCAGAAGACCCUGGCCAGGCAGAUUUAUGAGGCCUACCUCAAGAACUUCAACAUGAACAAGGCUAAGGCUCGGACCAUUCUCACCGGCAAGACCAGUACCCCUCCUUUCGUCAUCCACGACAUGGAGACCCUCCAGCUGGCAGAGCAGACGCUGGUGGCCAAGAUGGUCGGCUCUAUCGGAACGCUGAAGGACAGGGAUCCCGAGGUUCGGAUUUUUCAUUGCUGCCAAUGCACCUCCGUGGAAACCGUCACAGAGCUCACAGAGUUCGCAAAGUCCGUCCCCGGGUUCUCGAGUCUGGACCUCAACGAUCAGGUGACUCUUUUGAAAUACGGAGUGUACGAGGCCCUCUUCGCCAUGCUCGCCUCCAGCAUGAACAAGGACGGGCUUCUUGUAGCGUACGGCUCAGGCUUCAUCACCCGAGAGUUCCUCAAGAGCCUGCGGCGACCCUUCAGCGAGAUGAUGGAGCCAAAGUUCCAGUUUGCCAUGAAGUUUAACGCACUGGAGCUGGACGACAGUGACCUGGCUCUGUUUGUGGCCGCGAUCAUCUGCUGUGGAGACCGACCAGGUCUGGUGAACGUGGCACACAUUGAGACGAUGCAGGAGAGCAUUGUGCAGGUCCUACAGCUCCAUCUGCUGGCCAAUCACCCCGAUGACACUUUCCUCUUCCCCAAGUUGUUGCAGAAACUGGCUGACCUCCGGCAGCUAGUCACUGAGCAUGCACAGCUGGUGCAGGAGAUCAAAAAGACAGAGGACACCUCACUGCACCCACUCCUGCAGGAGAUCUAUAGAGACAUGUACUGAGGAUUGUGGAGGAUUAACCCGGAGAGGAACACCACAAACCAUCUCCUUUUUGUCAGGGACAUGAGAAGAGGAGUCGUCCUCCAUAAGCUAGGGUUGAACUACUUAACCCCAUCACCCCCCAAUGCAGCAAGAGUUAGCUUUUGGCUUCUGGUCACCUCAAGAGGACCUUUCAGGCCCCAGGCAAGAGGCUGAUGGUUCUCUUGGUUUGGCACAGUUCUCUCCACUCCAUCGCGUGGAUCUUUGCAGGCAGAAAAAUCUCGUAGAUAAGAUGUGAUAUACUAGUGCAGCUGUUUGAGCCCCUGUCCAGACACCAGUGUAUGCAAUCUCUGACCAAACUCUAAAUGCUAAUUUAGGUGAUCUCCUUGGUUGCCCUCGACGAGCCCUAAAAUGAGGAAAGAAAGUGAACUUGAUAAUUGCCACUCCAGCAUUAUGUUUGAAUAUAGAUUUUUAUACAGAUGUCGGAGAGCAAAGAGCCAUAUAUAUAUUUAGAGUUAACAACACCGAAAUUACUUCAGCGGCAGCAACAGCAGAAAUGAUGCAGUUUCAAAAGCAAGGCAGCUUUGGCUAAAUAGGCUGUCAGUAAAAAAGUAGUGAUGGUAGUUAAUGCACCAGCCCUCCAGCAUGUUUCCUCACCUUUUUACAACCAGACACGUCUGUGGUGUCACCAGGCUCCUGAGUAUAAUCAUUUAUUUUGUACUGUAUGUCCUCGAAGCCAUACUUUGUAAUGAUACUGGAAAGUUUCAUUGUCUUUUCGUAGCCUUUCUCUUCCUAAUUAUACAGUAUCAAGAAUUGCUAUGGAUUAUCAUCGCUUAUAUCUCAACUUGUCCAUAAACUGUACAGGCAACAGCCGUUUUACUCUUUAGAAUAAGGUAGCAAAAUGUCAGGAGAAAAUCUGAAGUUCUUUAAGGCCGAAAUGAUGCACCUCAAGAGCACAAACACGCCUGAGAUAUGUUCAUAUGACAUUUUUGUACCGGACCUCUGUUAAAUGCCUUUUUCACAAAACACUAGCACAGACGUUUGGCACUCCACCCUGCUUUGUGUCCUGAUAUUUAAGGGCUAAUGCCGAGAUGCUGUAUAUCUUGCAUUGCGACUUUAACACAGGCGGACACAAAGCUAGAAACUCAUACACUCAAUGCAUCUCUUUAUCUCAGUUAAGUCAAAUCAAGCAAACCACUGUUAUUUACACAGCACAUAUGGUCAUGUUGGCUCUAGCUACUAUUGUACUUCACUGGCUGUGUUUGCUCCUCAUUACACAUGCAGCUCAUUAAGAUUCAGGGGUCUUAUCUGCACAUUUUUGUAUGAUGACAACUUCUUCUUUUUUUUUUCUUUUUUUUUUUUUUAAAUCCCCCACAGAGAAAGCUACAAUGUAAUGGCCUCAUAUAUUACACAGUUACUCUCAUAAUUGGAAGUUUUUCAUUCUCAGAAAUAUGUUAUUUUGGAUGAAAAGAA